AUGGAGUCAAAAAUUGCAGCAGCUGAAGUGCCUGCUUCAGCGCCAGGCGAGAACUUCGAAGUCCGCCAAUCCAAGACGGAUGAUGACUAUGUCCCCGAUCCAUCUAAGUCGCUACCGCUCUCGCCUGCUCGCCAACGUCUCGUUGACGACAUCAUCGACUUGUAUAGCAUGAAACCCACCGUUGAGCGCGUCAAGCGAUACACGUCUGACUGCGUCUACGACGAUCAAUUUGUAUACGCCAACGACCGAUAUAAGAUGGCAGGACAGUGGUUUGCUCUGCCCAAACUUUUCAAGGCUUCUGUGAAUGAAGGCUAUCAAAUCGUUAAGGACGAGCCGGGAUUAAUCCAGUUUAGGAACAAGCAGUCCUGGACAUUCCUAGGCAUCCCCAAGACGGCCGUCAUGGAUGCUUUAGUUACGCUUUCACUGGACCCUGCCACCAUCGACAGUGAUUUCAUCCAGGUGAAGUAUCACAAGGAUCAGGCGAAUGACAAGGAUUACAGCCACACCGGGUUGGGCUUCAGCUUCAAGAAGUGGCAAGCUGACAAUGUGAUCAAAUUCAUGAAUAGCGAUGAAGUGAAAGCGUUUGAGGCCGACAAAGGUGCCGGAAAGGAGCAUGUCAGAGAACAUGGCAGUGGGACUGCUGAAGGAAAAGCUCCGGUAAAGGACUUGUAA